UCAGAGUAAUGUUGGACAAAGAACAAAAAAUAGAAGCGGCCAUUGGCCUAGUAUUAUUGGUCUUUUCGGCUAGUGGUGGUCUCAUAUUGGAUGACUGUAAGACGAAUCUUUUGCUGUUAGUUUUAGUUUUAAGGACCUUAUCCCUAUAGAUAAGGAACCUUCGGCCAGAUUUGGCAAAGUUCUGAUGGCAUCUGCCUCUGCGUUGUUGGUAUUCGGCGCUGUGGCGGCGAAAAAGGAUCACAGGAUAAAGAUUCAAAUUUUUUGGCUACUGUCAUCGGUAGUCUUUUUGGCCACAACGAUCAACCUGGUUAAUAAUCAAUUUUACAGAAGUUACAUUCCGUACCUCGUGCUACCACUUGCAUGCGCAGGUGUUCUCCACAUUGGGCUGAUGUUGUGGAUUUAUCGUAUUAACGUCAGCUUGACCAAAGUGGAAGAACAUUCAGAGGAUGUCACAAGUGUCAAGCCACCUCCUUAUAACGAACGGGAAACCCCUAAGGUAGCCGAGAGCCUUAAAGUGGAAAUGGUUUAAAAAUAUAACCUUUGUCAUUUACUCAAACAGAUAGGUGAGAAAUCAUUUCCCAACCUAACGAAAGAAGUAUAAACGAUAAAAUGAAUAAAUCAAGCUUCUUGAAAUUCUUAACCAAA